CCUCGAGCUUUGUUAGCACGAGUCUCCUUGGUGCCACUGAGAAACGGUUUGCUUCAGACUUUCUCCUCCAUCACUUCCUCCUGGGCAGCAAUGUGUUGCCGGGGGGCGAGCUGCGAGGAGCCGGCCGCUCAGGUGCGAUGCUGCAGCGGGCAGUGAGGAGCGCUUGGCCGGCUCAGACCAGGAGGGGACCCACGGUACCUGCAGCACGAGAGCAACAAUGGUCACGGCGUCUAAACUUUCCCACGCAUCUCCAGCUGGAGUAACGGAUGGCUGAUCGAACUUCUCCCUGGCUGAUGGGAUCUUAGCAACGGACAGUUUGUUUCUUUUGUUUUCUUCCAGCACCUUUGUCCCGGUACAUAUAUCUGUCCCGGGCGGAAAUCUGGUGCACUGUCCCGCUGCGGCUCGUAGACUGCCUCUUUAAAUAUCACAGCCAAACAGCGGAGGUUAACAUGGGGGCAAAGCAGAGCAGCCCCUCGCCCAACUCUGCCGCUAAUGGACGAACCAGAGCCUACUCCGGCUCGGACCUUCCGUCCUCUACUUCCAGCAGCGGCAGCGGCAGCAGGACCGCCGCAGCGGGGGCAAGGGGGCGGCACCGCGCACACGGUGUGUCCAGAGCCACUGGAGCCGCGUCCAGCUCCGGUCACCCACACGGAGCCAGGCCCAGGUCCGCGGGGGGCUCCGGGGCUCUUUUCGCCAGAGCCCAGUCCGGCAUCAACAUCCCGAGCAGUGGCGGCGUCUACAGCUCACCGGAGUCCGGUGGCAGCAGCCCGGAGGAGGCAGCGGGCAGGGACCGAAGAGGGAACGAUGGUCAUCGGCUGGUGAUAGGAUCAUUACCCGCUCACCUGUCGCCUCACCUGUUCGGAGGGUUCAAGUGUCCAGUGUGCUCCAAGUAUUUGUCCUCAGAUGAGAUGGAUCUUCACCUGGUUUUGUGUUUAACCAAACCACGCGUCACGUAUAAUGAGGACGUCCUUUCUAAGGAUGCAGGAGAAUGUGCAAUCUGCCUGGAGGAGCUGCAGCAGGGAAACACCAUCGCCCGCCUGCCCUGCCUCUGCAUCUAUCACAAAGGCUGUAUCGACGAGUGGUUUGAGGUGAACAGAUCGUGUCCGGAGCACCCGGCAGAUUAAAGCUUCCUUUGCACAGGUAACCCACUCUGACAGAAUGAAGCUCGGCUCCAGCCAGACUGUCGGACCCCGCCAACACUGUGAUUGGCUGACCCAUCCCACCCCCUCCCAAACCACCAACCGCACGGUGUAGAACCGCAGUAUGCCAAAUCUCUUUGGAGGAAUCUUCAGGGAUAUAAACUGUGUGUGUGUGUGUGUGUUUUUUUUUUUGUUUUAUAUUUGAGUUGCACUUUCUUUUUUUUCUCCCUAUGAAUGGACACAUCCGCUCAGUCAGGCCUGACGUUCCAUCAGGACAGGAGCGGGUGGUGCUGCUGCUGCUGUGGCUCAGCUCCGCUGCUCUCCUCCGUCAGCGUCGGGUUUUUUUCUCCCAGUGCCUUGUUUGCAGCAAUGCUGAGCACCGAGCAGGGUGGGACAGGAGCUCUCUGCUGCAGAAUCAUCUCACCAUAACUGCCAUUAAAGCAGCCGGGAGCUGUCGCCAAACGGUGCCAAUCAACUGUGAAAACCGUCCGUCACACGUCUCAUGAGUGCUUUUUAACCCCGAACCGUGCAGCAGGGCUCUGCAGAUGCAACGCCGACUGCAUCAGUUACCAGCCUCAGGCCUCUGCAGGCUGCCGGUGCCAGCAGGAGAAAAGCAAAAAGCUCAUUUUAUUCUUCCAUUUCAAGAUGUUUUACAACAGCCCUUUCUCUACCUUGGCAACAGGCUUCUCUUUUGCAUUGAUUUACAGAUACUUUAAUAUAUAGCUGUGUUAGGGAUUACAGCGGAGUGUUUUAAAAGAGUGAGUAAAAUGAGGCGAAACAAAAAAAAACUUUGGGGAAGUGCACCACUCCAGAGCAAAACGGGGAAAAACAUGUAGUUGAAUUAAAACAUGUAGUUGAAUUGUUCUCCCUGGACAGGAUCAGCUUUUUUAUCCCCAACAUUUACUGUAGAAACUGCAGAAACAUUUCUCUCUCCUUUCACUACAGAAACACUAAAUCUUACAAAGUAUUAUUGUCUUCUCCCUAGUUCUAUUUUAAUGCACUUGAAGUGACAUAGCAGCUUGUUUUAGGUCAAUAACUCCUUAAAAAGACAUUUUUCCAUGUUAUAUGUGAAAUAAUCUCCUAGCGGAACUAGUGCUUCUUUUGUAUUAUUAUUUUAUGGAAUUAUUAACUGAAAACAAGCUCUUUAUCUUGCUGAGAGGAUCGUUUUUAAGUUAGUUUUGUUGUAUUUCAGGUGGACUUAAACAUUUGCAGUAGAAACGGGACCAAAAAUACUCUGUAAGGUUUUGGGUUUCUGCAGAGCUGAAUCUCUGAACAAAUGUUUGAGAGAGCUGCUUCAUGCCCUUGCUGCAUGGAGCGGACCUGCUGCUCACCUGGGAACCGGACCGCUGGUUCCUAAACAGAACCACUAACCAGAUCAGUCGCUGUUUCAGCAGGAAUCCUGUGAACAGAAGCCACAGUUUGAUGCGUUCUUUUGGAUCGGCCACUCCGUCACCUCUGGGAUUGUCUCAUUCUGAACCAGUCCAUUUUAUUUAUUAAAAAAAGGUAAAGCACUUUAGGUAAAGUGUUGUACUACAGGGACAGAUAAAACAGAGACGAUAAUAAAAUAAGAAAACAUUAAAAGCAGAAUAAGACAUACUUAAAAAUGCAACAUAAUUAUAAAAUAGAAAACAACAAACUCACAUUGUGUCAAAAUCCACUGAAAAGUUUGUUUUUAACAGAGACUUGAAAACAACAUGGCCUCUAAUUAUUUUUAAACCGAUCCACCUGGCAGUAUGAGAAACCUCCCCGCAGCAUGAUGCCAGCACCGCCGUGCUUCACUUAGUGUCAAACUGUCUGUGAGCCUCAACAGGAACCAAUGAGCUUCUAAAUGCUGCUGCAUUUCUCUCCAUGUUCUUUCAUUCCCAGAAUGAUUCUGCAGCAUGCAGAACUGCUGCUUCUGUUGGUUUUCUGUUUCUCUACUGCUGCUACCUUGUAGAAAUGUUUCUGCCUGAAACGGAGACGAUCUGGUUAGAGCUGCUGGACAUGAAAAGCUCCUUCAUUUCCUGAUCUGGGUUUCUGUCAUCACUCACCUCAACGCUCUGGAGGGAAUAAAGCACUUGGAGAACAAAUGAAUGAACUUUUAUUUAGACUUUUUUUCAAAACGUUAAACAGAUCACUUGGUAAAAUAUUGAGGCUUUCAAAAAGAGACGCUUGAAAAAGAAAAGAUCCAAAUUUACAACAUAAACUAAUGUCAGUGGUCACCUUUUCUGUCACAUUAGAGAAUAACGUGACGAUGAUUGUUUUUUUCCAACUGGAAAUGAACCGAGUUCCUGUUGCCACAGCGAUGACGUGACGCUCUGGUGCAUCACGUCAUCGCACCAACAGGAGGAGUUUCUAAAGGGUUUAGAGGACCAUGUGUUUUUGUUUCAAUUUUUUUCUGUCUUUUAUACUUUGUUGUUUGUGGUCUACUUCUUAAAGAAACAGUGUGCAACAAUUACUGACGGCCAGUGUUGGCUGACCAGACUGGAGGAGUCGAACGUUUCCCGAACAUGGGAGCCUCCAUCAGAAGGCCUUCUGUGUUCCUGACUGAAGAACAUCUAAACACAUUGACACAAGACUGUUCUGAAAUUGAUCAUAACUAAGGCUAAUCUUUGCAUUUACUGCAUAUUUUGGUUUAAAACUGAUCGCCCCCAUGCUCAGCUGAAACCACCAUGCAUGGUGGAAAAGGGUUGUGUGUUCCUUGGUUUUCCUCCGGUCCGGUGGAUCAGUACAGCCGGGUUUUGCUGUAGUUGGGGUUUCUCAGGUAGUUCAGUCUCACAGGUCGCUGAGUGUUUGGUUCCAACCAGAGGAAUCUUCUUAAUCUGCUUCGACUACCAGAGAUCCAAAGUCAUUUUCCAUAUUCUGCUCAUAGUCUCUGUCAGAAGAUAUGAAUAGAUGACUCCAAUAAAUAAUAUUUACCAGCAGGAGGUCAGAGUUAUUUUUGUUGUAUUCAGGGUUCAUAAUGUGUCAUAUUUUGAACUAACAAACCUGAUUGAGGAUCAGAAGAACCUAAACAAAAGAGUAACUGUGAGACAAAGUUGUGAGAUAAUUAAGAUUUCAGGGUUUUUAGGAAGAUUUAUCUGAUUAAGUUGUGAUUAACUAAAAUGAGAAAUAAAUGUAGAAUACCGAGGUUUGACAAAAAGAUUCUACAUGUUCAAAAUGGCAGAAGAAAGGGACGAAGUGUGAAGACGUCAGAACUUCUUCCAGCUCCUUAAGGUCCAGUUCACAGCUUUCCUCUGACCAACCAGUCAACUGGCUGGCUCUCUUGUUCUGGAGUUUGGUGCAAAUUGUGGUAGAAGCAACACACUGCACCCAGCUGCCGUCCCGUCACAAAGGUUUCAUAUUAUCCUGAUUUGAUGUAUAAAAUCCCCCUCCCUCAUUUCCACUGCCACCAGAAAGUAUUGGCACCCCCUACCUUUCUCCACAUGUAGUAAGAUGAAAGUAAGAUAUCCAAUAUGAGCCACAGUAAACAACCCAUAAUGACAAAUCCAUAUUUUCAAAUAUUUAAAAAAUGACAGUAAAUGUAAACAUUUAAACAUAAUACAUGCAAAAAUGUUCACACCCUUUUUAGAUGUGAUUGGUCAUCCUUGAGAUGUUUCUGCAGUCCAGCUGGUUGACCCAACAUCAUCUGGAGUGGGUCACAUGCCUAUAGAAGCUGACAGAGCAAAUCAGAGCAGAAACCAAGCGAUGAAGUCAAACCAAACACAUCUGCAGAAAGAUACAUAAAACAUUUCAACAGUCUGGAAGGUCCCAGAAAGCUCAGUGGUUUCCAUUAUUACCAAACAAAAGAAGUGGAACCUCUGGCUGCCAGAAAUAUCAGUCAAAACCAAACAAAGUGGCACCUUUUGGGUGUGAGUACAUAUGCAUCAGUUAUGUUUAAAGGCACUGUAUGUCAUUUUAUUUUUUAAAAAAGGCAUUUUACAUUACAUUUGUUAAAGCUGUCACCAUGUUGUGACAGUUAGAAAAGAUCGAUCAUCUCCUCCCUGUGCUCAUAUUGCCAUUUGAAGAAAUGCACCGCGCCUGACCCCAAUCAACCAAUCAGAAUCAGGAGGAGGGUCUUACUGUUGUCAAUCAAUCUCAAGUACUUGCUGCUAAAUGUCCUAAUGGCAGAGAAAUAACAUACCAUUAAAGAAUAACCAUUUAUCUGCCGUCAUCACUGUGCUAACUAGCCUUGUCACUCAUGACCGGCUAUGCUAGCUGCAGGGCAGCAGAGAGGAAGGGGGUGGAGGAUAUGGGUGGACGAGCCUGGUAUCUUUUGGCAAAAAACGACUAAUGCCACUAUUUUAGGAAGGUGAUGGUAUUGAAAACAAUGUCUAAAAUCCAUUUUUUUACUGUGCCAUGAUUGCUUUAUACAGAUUAUUUUUGGUUUCAGUCAGUAAGAAGAUGUGGAAAACCAAACGGUUGUAAAUACUCCUAAUAAAACCGAACUCAUUUAGCAACUUAAGACACCAACUGGAACAUGGUUUUACCAGCCCAUAAACACAUUCCUCUACAUGCUUGAGUUCAGGUACGUUUGGGUCUUUGGUAAUUGUUACACACUGGACCUGCCUGUUCUUCUGCUUUCUGCAAACAUUUCCUGUAUCUGGUGGAGAAGCUGCUGCUUCAGCUGCUGUAGCUGCAGAUAAUCUGCUGUCUUCUAGAGCUGGAUAGUAAUAAGCACAGAUAAGUGAGCUAAAACAUUGAGCUCUUUUCUACCUGGACCAGACUGUUGGACUGAACAGUGCCUGCUGGACUCGGGUCAAAGUCCUUCAUCUGAGUAAACCUGUCGAAAGAACUGGACCGUCCAGCCUGCAGGAGUGCAGGUUGUCUGAAGACUGAUGAACAAACUCCUCCUGAACCUGGAGACAAAGGGAACCACCUGAUCCCAAUGAUCCCAAAGCUCCACAACUUUAUGGAAACCUGUUCUCCAUUUCUUUUUCUUUUUUUGUCUUUUCUGUGACUCCAGUACAUAAUCCAGCUCUCUCCUUCUUUCCCUUGUCUUGCUACAACUUUUUUUUUUUCAACGUUUUCAACAGGAACUCUAAAAGUUGUUCUCUCAUGGUGAAUGUUGCCACAUGAUGAACUUCCCCCCAUGUAUUGUUCCUCUUUCAUUUCUUCUAAAGAACACCAGUUAAUGUCAUUUUUUAACUCAAAACUGCACAUGCAGCAGUAGAGCCCUGAACAUGAAAAAGCACGUGCAGUUUUGGCUGAACAGAGUUGAUUUAAGGUGAUUUUAUAAGAACAGGUUUUUUUUAAAAAUCUUAUUUGUUACAUCUGUCACCAUAUGGUGACAGUUUGAUCAUUUUUGAAAAGAUCGAUCUCCUUCACCUUCUCCCUAUGCUGUCUGAAGAAAUGCAACAAUCCCAUCAAAAAUAACCAAUUCAUAUGAGCCAGAAGGAGUUUCUUGGUGCUGUCAGUCAAAGUCGUGUACAUGCUGCUAAAUGUACUAAUGGUGGAGAAACUUUCUCUUUCUGUUUUCUAGUAUUUUGAGGUCACUGCAUUAUAAAAUCUUAGCAAUCAGUGAUGACUUUUCCAUGUUCAUCUCCUGAGGCGAGUAGUUAACUUAGCUGCUAAGUUAGCCAUCAUUAGCUUUAGCCAACACAGGCAAAGUUUUGAUCUCCUGGUUUUGGUUCCUUCUAAUUUGUUUAGAAAUAGUAAUUAAAAUAAUAAUAAUUUAGAUGGUAUAUCAAAGAUAAACAUGUGUAUGAUUAAAAGGACAUAAACAGUUUAUGUUUUCACCUUGAACAUCUCUGUCAUUGACUCGUUUGGUAGGUUAAAUGCAGAAACGUUCAUGUUUUGGCUUGAGUAACGUAUAAUUUAAUGGUCUGAUAGUUUUUCUGGGCAGUAAAUAACUGUUAAACUAAGGGCAGCCUAGUUGAUAUAAAACCUCUGUCCUACAGCGUCUCUGGAACAUUUUUGAAAAUUUUUUUCCCCAUUUCUGUUUUCUAAUAUUUUGAGGGCAGUCACUUUAAAAAUCUCAAUAGAGCAUCAUAUGAAUUGUUUUUUACUGCUCAUCUUGAAAUGUGCAGGAAACAGAGUCAGGCCACAGGAAACAUUGUAACUGAAACAAGACUGGUCUCACUUCAAUCUCACAACAGGAAAUGGAAGAGGAACUGUUUGUAACCAAAAUGAACUAGUUCAGGUAUUUCCCCUGAUAGCUGUUCUUUUGUCAGUCUGUUCAUACAUAUCAGUUGUGGAUUCAGGAUUUUGGAGCCACAUGUGAGGUACUGGAGUCACUUAAAGACACUUUGACUGUCACAGGACCUUUUGUGUUUUUGAAUGUGUCAACCUGUUUUGGUUCCUGAAGAAGAAAUGGAGAGAACUUUGGAGUUUUGGGAUCCACCCUGGGAUAAACAUGGCUGCUGCUUUUCAUGCUCACCGUGUAAAACCUGAGUGCCACGCAGAGAUUAGCAGAGCCCUGUAAUACAUCGUCUGACCACACAGUGGUGCUCCAGCUCCGUCUCCUCUUCCACUUUCUGUUGAGUUAAUCUCAGAGAUCCAGGUGGACCUUCAUGUCUCUAUAAGGUGACAUCUACACUAAGUGAUUCCUACUGAUCCUUUCUGUCCACAUCUGAUCAAACGGUUGAGUUUUGUUGAUAGUUUUUACUCUGUCUUUUUUAUUUCUGUUUGUGAAUUGAAGCAGAACUGUUCAACAGGCCUUAAUAGAUGUGCUGAUGACA